AUGAUCCCUCAUAGCCAUUAAGACCCGGGCUGGUUAAACACUCCAUAGGGUUAUUACACGUAAAUGAAUGGAGGUUGGGUUGCUAGUGAUGAAGCUUGUCCACUUUAUUUUGAUUUGUUACAAAACAUUAAAAGAGGUCAUGACUUCUUAAAUAAAACUUUUGGUGUGAUUCCAAAAAUGGCUUGGCAUGCUGAUUCUUUUGGACAUUCUUCUUAAACUGCUAAACUUUUCAAAGAACUUGGAUUUGAAGGACUAUUCUUGGGUAGAAUGAAUGACUAAUAUAGAGAUAAUAUGAUAUCUACCAAGAAUAUGGCUUUUAUUUGGAAUCCUACUUUUGAAGGAUUAGAUUCCGAAUAUAGAGCACAUGAUGGAAUAUAUACCCAUAUCACUCAUAAUAUGUAUCAUCCUCCAUGUGACAUUGGUAUAGGUAGCUCUAUUUUAGUCCAAAGUUAUGAUCUUUAUGAAUUCAUUAGAAGUAACCUGAAGGUUGAUGGAGAGAUUAAAAUUAUAUAAUGCAUUGAAGAAUUCGCUUAAGGUUACAAGACAUAGAAUAUUAUGAUGAUGUUUGGGGAUGAUUUUGCUUUUUCAGAUGCUGGUACCACAUUUGAUUUCCUUGAUAAAUUUACUUAAAAAAUUAAUCAAGUAACAACUAGAUAUACUUUCAAAUACAGUACUUUUAGCAAAUAUUUAAAAGAUCUUAAAGAAGAGUUAAAAUUUAGAAAGUUGAAGUUAAAUCCUUAUUAUGGAGAUUUUAUGCCUUUAAAGAUGGCUCACUUUGAGCACUAUUGGAAUGGAUAUUACACAAGUAGACCAAAUCUAAAAUAUUCUAUAAGUCGUGGAGAUUCAAAAGAUUAGUAAUUGAUUAGGCUCUCAAAAGCAUUGUAAGAGGAAUGGGCGUUGCUUAUGCAUCAUGAUACUAUUACUGGAACAUCUGUUGAGUUUGUUAUGCGUUAACAUCUUGAUGAGAUUAAAUUGUUAAACUAAAUGAAUGAAUAUUUCUUGAGCAACAGGCAUAUUGCAGGAAAUAUAUUUCCUGCUAUGUUUUAAGAUAUUAAACUUAUCUAUCACCAAUCUAAUGAUGAUAUUGGAAAUCUAUUGUUGUUUGGGUUUUAAAAUUUUACCUAUGUAAUUCUGCAUAAUCCAAGUUGCUUCAGCUAGUUCAACCCUCGAUUAAGAGUUGAAAAUGUUUAUCUAAAAUAUAAUGUAAGAGUUUGGGAUUGGGCGAUUUAAUAGUUCAUUGAAGUCAAAAUAGAUGUGCUUAAUUAAAAAAACUUUGAUUAAAGUAAUUAUGCUGAUCUCUUCAUCUAUAAAGAAAUACUUCCAUUUUCUCAUGAAAUUUUUGAGAUUACAUUAGCCCACUAACCAUUAAGAUAACUUGAAAUUUUUGAAUAUGAAUAGAAAGCUCAUAAUACAUAUUUGUAACAUCAUGAUGAGAGUGGUGAUUUAAUCGAUGAUGAGACACUUAUUCAAGAAACUUCUGAAAAUUCAUUUAAUUUUGAUGGACUAGACAUCGAAUAAACACAGAAAAAAUCAAUUUAAGAUGAAAUUCCAAAGUCUAUAGGGUUCAAAGAUACUUGUUUAUUAGAGAUCGAAGGUGCUAAUAUGAGGGAGAUAGAUUUCCGUUUGAAUGAUCUAGUCUUAAACAUGACCAUUAGGUUUAAAUUUGAACUUAGAUAUUAUCCCUCUUAUGAUGGCUACAGAGACUCUGGGGGAAUCUACAUCUUUAAAACAAAGUAAUCCGAUUCUUCAUACUUUAGUGAUAGCUUACAUUCUUCUGAAAAAUAAGAUGGGGAAUAUUAGAGCUCUAUAUAGUUUAGAUAUAAAAGUGUUAGCAAGAAUACAUUUUCUAUAGUAACAGUUUUUUUAACUAAAAAUGAAGAUGGAUGCGGAGAUAUAGAAUUCGAUGUAAAAAAAGAAGGACUUGAAUUUAAUGUUGAAGCUACAGUUAAUUGGUCCACUGAUUAAAUAAAUAAUACUGGGAUUUUCUAUACAGAUUCCAAUGGCUUGGAAUAUGUUAAAAGAAUAAGAAAACAUGCUUUAGAGGAAUAGGAUAUUAAAUCAACUGCUCCUGCUAAUUUCUAUCCAGUCAAUACAGGUAUCUUUAUAGAAAGUUAAAACAAAACUCUUUAAAUGAUAGUGAUGAAUGAUAGAUCCUAAGCAGGCUCCGGGUUUAGAGAUGGUAGAAUAGAAUUACUUUUCAAUAGAAGAGUAUUUACAAAUGAUAACCUAGGCAAUCCAGAAUUUCUUAAUGAAAUAAAUGAGAGAGGUGAACCUAUAAGAACACAUAAUAAAUAUUUCAUCAGAUUCACUCAAUAGAGAAAUUAAGCAUUCAAGGCAAUUACAGAGAGGACGAUGAAAACAUUGAAUCCAGUUAGAAUGUUUUAGGCUAGUAGAUUCUUUUAAGAAAAUGUGAAUAAGACAUUAAUAGAAAAGGAAAUGGUAUUUAUUCCGAAACUUCACUCAAUACUAAUGUAGUUAGAUAUUGUAGACUAUAAACUUAUUCCAGAUCCUUAAUAUGAAACUCUGAUUUUAUGGUUAUAGUAAUUCAACCCUGAUAAAAAUAAUGUUAAAAAGAUUAAUAGAGAGCAAGUUUCUCACAUUCUUAAAUAGCUGUGCAAAAUAAUAGAAACUAAUGAUCAUUUUGCCUAACAAAUUAGUAAAUGUGAUGAAAAUCAGAAUUUUGAAUUUACAAAACCAACCGGAUAAGCUUUUUAGGAGAUUGAGGAACAUAAAAAUGAAUACUCUAUGUAUAAAAUCAUAACAGUAAAGAUAUUCUUAAAAUGA